GAAAAAAAAAAAAAAGGCCAGCAACUUGGUGGAAUUUUCGGUUGGGUUAACAAAUCAAGACGCGGGAGGGACCGUGGCGAAAAAAAAAACAACUGAAAGUGCGAAUUUUGUAGCUCAGCGAUAAGAAAAAAGAAAAGAAAAAAAAAGAGGGAGGGAGAGUUGGUCUACAGCGACGUCGUAGUGGUGGAAUUGAUACUACUCUCCAUGUCACCGGCUCGCUGUAUUAGUAUCACUUUUAACGAACUUUGGUGAAAAGAAAAGACGAGAUUUUUUUUUUUUUUUUUUCUUCUUUUCCUUUUGAGUUUUUGCCCCCUUUUUUUUACGAGCGUCACGUAAACGAGACGAGGCCACCGUCUAUUUGUUCUUUGGGUAUUCUGCAACAAAAAGAAAAAAAAAAUUCGACGUGUUCUCUCGACCAGUCCAACCAUGUUUGAAAGUUUCAAGAGCAACGGGAUUACGAAACUAGCUCUGACUAAAUUCAUUUCGCAGAGCAUAGCCCAACUCGAGACGGCGGGAAAUUUGAACAUCGGAGCGAGGGCGGUGUCUACAUCCAACAGUUCGACUAACGGCGGACCGUCGGGCAAUGGCAACGCCGUCGGGAAUGGAUCAACCAACAGCCACUCGCCUGGAGGUUCGGUCCUGGGCGCCGUCGGUGGACCUGUCUCCGCCUUGUCGCCCACUUCGUCUCCAGCGCCGUCCGCCGCAAUGAACAAGGGCAUUGCCGGCCAAAAACCGGACCAUCCAUCGAUGGCCUUUUGGCAGAAUCGUUCCAUAUCCCUGGUGGACAUGUACAUCGACAACUCUGAGCCGACGGAGAAUGUCGGCCAGAUCCACUUCAGCCUCGAAUACGAUUUCCAGAACACGACUCUUAUUCUCAAAAUCAUGCAGGGCAAGGAUCUGCCGCCGAUGGACAUGGGUGGCACGUCAGACCCUUACGUACGUGUCACCCUGUUGCCGGACAAGAAGCACCGACUAGAGACCAAGAUCAAGAGAAGGACGCUCAACCCACGCUGGAACGAAACAUUCUACUUUGAAGGAUUCCCCAUCCAGAAAUUGCAGAGCCGAGUGUUGCACCUGCACGUCUUCGACUACGACCGGUUCUCGCGCGACGAUUCGAUCGGCGAAGUCUUCGUGCCCCUCUGUCAGGUGGAUUUCUCGGAAAAGCCCGUGUUUUGGAAGGCGUUGAAACCGCCGUUGAAAGACAAGUGCGGCGAAUUGCUCGUCUCUUUGUGCUACCAUCCGACCAAUUCGACGCUGACCUUGAUCGCCCUCAAGGCCCGCAACCUCAAAGCCAAAGACAUUAACGGCAAAUCGGAUCCCUACGUCAAGGUGUGGCUCUACUUUGGCGAUAAGCGGGUGGAGAAGCGCAAAACGCCCGUUUACAAGUGCACCCUGGAGCCGGUGUUUAACGAGACGUUCACCUUCAACGUGCCGUGGGAGAAGAUCCGCGAGUGCUCGCUCGACGUCCGCGUCAUGGAUUUCGACAACAUUGGCCGUAACGAGCUCAUCGGACGCAUUUCUCUCACAGGUAAGAACAGCACUGGCGCGUCCGAGACCAAACACUGGCAAGACAUGAUCACCAAGCCACGUCAGGCCGUCGUCCAAUGGCAUCGUUUGAAACCCGAGUGAAGCAAUUGGAACGGUGGACGUGCGCAGCCAAAUGACGAUGAGAAAAGAAACAAAUGACAUCAACACACACACACAAAAUCAUGACACAAAUCUUCUGUACACUUUUUACUUCUUUUUCUUUUUUUUUUUUUGCGAAUUUUUCUUCAUUUCAACGACCUCCUAAAAAGCGUCUUUUACGAUCUAUUUUGUUGAUCGAAAUGGCUUCGUUCGCGAUCCAAGACUGAAAUUCGCCGUGAAACGGAUAUUAAAAGAGAAGAUUGGCAAAUUGGGUUUCUUUAUUUUUAGUAUGGUUGGCCGUCUUCUUUUUUUUUUUUUUUGGUUCACUUGGAGCUCUUCUCUUUUUUCGUUUCAAAUGGUUUCGAAUUUUAUUCACAAACCAAAGAGAGAAAAGAAAACGGAGAAUAUUGACGACAUUUCUAUCCUUUUUAUGGUCGUAUUAUUCUUUUCAUUAUUGUUACGUUAGAACAAGACUUUGUCGAGAUGACAUCCCUUCACUAUGAUGAAUUUAAAAACAAAAAAAAAAGAUGAUCUGAUUUAACCAAGAAAAAGGACUAACUGAUGUUAAAACAAAAUUUAUUUGUCGACAAAAAAAAAAAAAGAAGACAUAAUAAUAACAAAAGUAUAUUUAUCAAAUCAUCCCAUAUAUGCACGGUGACAAAUUUAUAUACAUUUAGUGUGUGUGCGUGUGUGUGACUCGUUGCCAACGUCGACUGUAGAUUUGAUUUUCGUCUUUUUUAUGUAUUAUUGAUUGUGGAUUUUUGUUUGUUUUUGUAUACGGGAAGAAGAAGGAAAAAAAAAUCAUGUUAUUAGCACUAAAAAGAAAUGCUACCAGAACCCCCUUUACCACUGUAGAAUUCCUUGGGCCCAUCUUUUCAUUUUUAGUUCUAUUCUCCUGUUCAUUUUUUUUUCUUAAAUAUUAUUAUUAUUAUUGCUCGUUGGAUCUUCUGUCGUGAAGUAGUUUCUACCACACGAAAUCCCAUCCGCGUCCUCGUUGCCCUUAGUCUCUCAUCUUAUCUUUCGCUUUCCUAUGUCUGUCGUGUCUGAACGAUGCGAUGGCAAAAUGAUCCUCUGUGUUUGUAUCCACUGUUCAAUGUAUAGAGAAAACCCAUCCAUAACCUUUCAUACCAGACAUUGAGGAAAAGAAAUGAAGAAAUACACACAAAUUAUACCAUGUAAA